GUGUCAGAAACCAAGAUGGCGGGUGAAGGGGAAAGCGUGGGCCAAGAAAGUGAAAUGUCUGGCGAACAGACGACUUCUACCCAAGCAAUACCUCAGUCAUUUACGGUAGAAGUUCUCCAGUUAAUCAAAGAGGCACAGCAACAGCAUGGUCUCAGACAUGGAGACUAUCAGCGUUACAGGAGUUACUGCUCAAGGAGAAUCAGGAGAAUACGCAAGUCUCUACACUUUCCACAGGGUAGUAAACACAAAGUUCAACCAAAGAAAAUCAGCAUAGAAAUGCUUACAGAUCCAAGAUACCUUCAGUUACCACUGUUCUCUGCUGAGAGGGCAUGGGCAUUUGCAAUGCAGCUCCAGUCCGAGGCCAACACGGAGCCAAGGAAAAGGUUCCACUUGAUGGCGCGUCUCCAGAAGUCUGUGCAGCAUGCAGGUGAACUGAGUGCCCUUAGUGACAGCCCCAAGUGUGAUGCACGGACGAAGCUGGAGUGUCAGGCCUACAAUGCAUGGAUCAAAGGUUCUCUCUACUUUGAAUCGUCAAGUUGGGAGAAUGCUAUGGAACAGUACACUAGUGCUAAGACGAUCUAUGAGAAGCUGUCCGGAGCACUGACAGAGGACCUGCAGGUGCUGUACCAGUCUCGCGUGGAGGAGAUCUCCCCCAAUAUACGCUACUGUGCCUACAACAUCGGAGACGAGUCCGCCAUUCGAGACCUCCAGAACAUGAGGCUCAAGUCUGGAGAGGACCAACUUACAUCAAAACUGGACGACCUUCUGUCUCAGACCCGAGAGAAGCAGGCGGCUACCUUGUCUGAGAUAACAUGGCAGGGACGGACGGUGCCUGUGAAAACGGAGUCUGUUAGGGUCUUCCUCCUCAACCUGCAGGAGAGCUCCAAGGAACUGGAGUCGGCAGACAAUAAUGAGACUAAAGUGUCCAUUUAUGAAUCCUUGCUGAAGGAGUGUAUUGAUGCCCAGCAGGCCCUGCGAGAUGCUCUACAUGACGAUCAGGUGUUUAAAGCUGUGACCCGCGGCCAGCCUGUGGAAGGAAGGAUCUCCAAUCAGCACUACCUGCACUCCUACCUGACGUACCUGCGGCUCACCAAGACUGUGGAGAGGAACCUGUUGCUGAUAGACAACCUCAAGAACUACUUGCCAGGGAAGCUGGUGGAGGAGGGCAGGAAGAUCACCAAGCCCCAGGACCUCGUUAGGCUGUACGACAUCAUUAUUCAGAAUUUAAAUGAUAUACCCAAUCUUCAUGGGUUAGAAGAAAGUCCCUCAUUGUUAGAGGAAAUCACAACCAGAGUCACAAGUUUUAAAGCAUCUAGAUCCUUUUACAUUGCUCAGUCGUACUCUGCUGCGAAGAAAUGGACUGAAGCCAUAGCCUUGUAUCAACGGACAAUCACUAAUGCAGACAAAGCAUUGUCAGGGUACAAGAAGCUGAAACCCCAGGGGAUGUUUAAGGGUGAAGUAGCCAAUCUGAAUGAGCUGGUGAAAGACGUCAAUGGACUGAUGUAUUCGUGCCACGCCUCCAGUAUCUUGAAGACGGAUGAUGCUGCUGACAGCCUUGGGGUGCUGCCAUCUAGUGACAAGAGGCCUCUCAAAGAUCGUUUGGACACAUUUGCAGAAGAUAAGUCUUUGACCAGCAAGAAGCCGAAUAUAACAGCGUUCCCACCAGAUUUCAAGCCUAUUCCUUGUCGACCUUUAUUCUUUGACCUUGCGUUGAAUCAUGUUGAGUUCCCCUCCCUGGAAGAGAAGAUGGAGCAGAAGAAGGCUGCAGGAGGAAUCACGGGCUUCGUCAAGGGCUGGCUUUGGGGCGGGGGCAAGAAGUAGAUGCAUGGAUGAGCAGAUGGAUGAAUGGGGGUGCUUGUACUGUCUGUGUAUCUGAUGAGAUAAACAGUCCUGGUGUUUUUAGAGUCUGUGACAGUUGUCAAAGUGAUGCUAUGCGUUGAAAUGGACUACAUGAAGUCCUUAGUGUAAGAAAAAGACUUUUUUUUUAAAAGACUCCAUUUCUUUGAAAAAGCCUUAUUGUCAGACAGGUUCUAUCUUAACCAUUUGCUGGGUAAUGUGUAAUGCUGUGGUUGAAGACGCCGUAGUUCAUUGUGCAGUUGCCAGGAUCUGCUUAUAUUAUUUUAAAUUAGAGGAUUUCCCUGUUUAUGAUCAUUAGUUUGUCAGCGUCUCCAUGCUAACUCGCUUCACCAAAGUGUUGGACCUGCAUCACUUUUGACUUCUGUCACUUUGCCAUUGAGAGGAAUGGUGACAGAUUGAACUGUACUGUUACCUAAUAUGUUUGAUUUGGAAUGGUUAAUCUGGUUGUAUAUAUAAAGUAACCAUGGUUAUAAGCUAUGCAGAAAAGUUGAACUACCAAGAUCUAUUCAAAAGUGAAUGGAAUGAUCUGAUGUUGUGAAAUAUGUCCAGGGUCUCCUCCAGUUCAUCAGUAACUGGAAGACAAUGGAAUCAUGUCAGUCAGUCAAUUCCUAUUACCACUCUCUCCUUUUCCUUGUAAAACUUAUCCUGUCUGUUGUUGAUGUUGUCAUGGUGAUGCUGUCAUGGUGAUGCUUCCUUACAUCCCAUAGUCUCCAACUGUUCCCUGCCUUUUACCAGUAUUUUGUCUCGGAGAAUCAUGAAGGUGCAAGCGUGUCACAUAGUCAUCCAUUGGAAAGCUUAUCCUAAAUCAUGGCAUAUAUAUUUGUGUAAGAUCUCUCAACUCAGUGUGAAGUGCACAAGUGUCUGUAUCUGUUUUGUAUUUUCAUGGCAUUAGAUUCAUGCUCAAUGAGAAAGGAUAGUGAACAAAGAAAAGAUGUAUAUUUUUGCAGGAGAGACAGCUGGGACAGUUCUGUGGCCAAGUACAUCAAUGUAUGUUAGUCUGUUAGAUUUGGAGAACAGAGCUCUGACAUUGUGGAGUGUGGAUGUUUGAAACUUCAUUUAAAGUACUGAGAGUCACAGCAGUACGGAAACUCAUUCUUCCAUUGAUGGUAUUCACCUCAAAGUUACCUCCCUUCAACAUUUUCCGGUGGCCCGAAGCAAUGCUACCUAAACAUCACUGGUCCAUAAGAAAGUUUCCUAGUCUGCUACCAGAUUAAUUUUAACACAUUUAUAUAGCCAGUAUUCCUCACUUUUGUCCUUUCAUUAUUUUAAGAAACAUGUUUCAUAUUUUCGGACUACCUCGAUUUUAGGUCUACUUAUCCUUAUUAAUGUUUACUUGAGAAGUGUUUUUGUUGAUCCUUAUCAAUAAUUGACCUGUGAUGAGUUGUAUAUGGUGUAUCAUUUUAUGAGUCAUGUAUCCAUAUUCGUGAUUCUUUGGAAUGACCAGUGAACCCCUUUCAAAGACCCAAAAUACAAACUCUGUGACUGUAGUGGCAUUGCAGCGGUUUAACAGUGUUAAGAGCAGCAUGUCACUUUGAACUGAUUCCAAAUGUUUUCUGACAGAAAUAUGUUUGUGUAUAUGCUCAGUUCAACUUGAUUUUGAACUUGUCUGAACAGUCCUUGUAAGCAUUUUACACCACAUACAAGAACUUGAGCAUGAAUCUUUUUCAGAUUCAAUGUCCAUCUGUUUGAGAUCUUGCUAAUGUACUGUUUGUGUGAAUUAUGCAAUUGUAUGAAUGCCAGUGUGAAUAUGUUAAUAUGUGUACAUACUCCGUAGUGUGUGGCGUCCAAGAGGUACUAGCUCCACACCAGCAUCUGGGUGGGAGAUGGACAGUGUAAGUCAAUAAGGUGGGCAGCUGGGCUGUGAUGUGAUGAGGCAACGAGUCAUGAUGUUCCAACAAGUGAUCAUGGCAUUACAACAUUCAUCAGCCUGUUAAACUAUUGGUUUACGACAAUUGUUGCAUCAAGUUCACUUGUCCUCUGUUUAAACUGGCAGUCCUAGCACUAAGACUGUAUCUGUGACAUGGACUCAUGGUAGUCUUGGUAGUCAUGGUGCCAUGGUGAACAAGGCUCUGUUUGCAGGAUGACCCUAUGUAUGUCAUGAAUUAUAUGUUGUUCUCAUCUGUGUCACGCCGGGCAGUUAAGGUGUGUGUUCUUUUCUGACCCUUGCCACACAGUUUCCGAGCUUCAGACAUGAUCCCCUGUGAGAUGGUCCGCAUAGGCCCCAAGUGAGGCUGAUCUAUCUCUAUGCAUCUUGAACUUCCUCUAACAGUGCAAGAUGUUUAAUUUUGUUAGAAAUGAUGUUAAUUCAAUGGCCUUGUUUUAACCAAUGUAUAGCCUGGACUGGAACAAAUGUGAUAGUGGGUUCUUUUGAUGGUCUUACAUGACCGUUUGUUUGGGGUCAUGGGUACACAAGUUGUCUAAGGUGCUGAGUUAUGCCCCUUGUUCCCAGAACCACCCCCAAGCUCCUGGGUUUUACCCAAAUGGUAUCGGUCUACUAUUAAACUGAAAUAUUGUACAAAGAGGCAAUAACCCAUGCUCGUUUUAGCUAAGGAGGCACCUUCCAGAUCAUCAUAAGUCCACAUAACAAUACAUGGCCUAUACAUGGCCUAUACAUUCUUAUGUCUAGUUUUCCUAUGUAUCAAAUCAGCAACAUUUUCUUGAAUUUUUGUCAAAAAUACGGAUGAGAUAAAAAGUUUUGAAUAUUUAUGUGCAUAAUGUGAACAACAUAACUUGGUGUUUGAAUACGUCAUUCUUCUGUGCCAUGGCUGAAAGACUUGUACUAGGUUGUACAUAGCAGUAGCACUUGAAACACUUGAAACAGGGUGGUUAAGAGGUUCUGCCACUGUCUUCAGACCAACACUCUGGUUUAUUGUUGACAUUGGUGCAAUAUGUGUAGCCUUUAUGUCCCCAAAUGUCUUGAUAAUCCUAUUCCUGAAAGCUGUGUCGGUACUUCCUUUGAAUGACUUCAGCUUGUGUAAAUCAGAGUACUUUUCCCUGACUUUACAUCAGCAUGUUUAGGUUUCCUCCUGAAUGGAGGUGGCGCAGCCUUAACUUUCUCAUGUACAGUAAACUACGUUUAUAAUGAACACGCUUUUAACGAACUGACAGAUAUAACACACAAACUUUUGGUCCCUGCCAUUUGCGAUAUAUUUUUUUUUCAUAUAAGGUUGAUGGAUAUAACGAACACACUUAUAACGAUCCCGGUUCGCCCUGAUUAUGUUUCUAGGUUUGUCAGCACCAUACCCGUGGUCGUGGGUUUCACCGAAGUGGUAAACGUCUGAGACCUGCAUCACUUCGGGCUUUCCUCCCACAUUAAGCUGACACGCGACAUUAUAACUGGAAUACUGUUAAAAGCGGCGACAAACCCAACUCACUCACUCACUUAUAACGAAAAAAUGGAUAUAGCGAACUUACCUUGUGGUCCCGUGUGUACACUGUUAUCGUUAAUGUUUAAGUGUAUAACGAACUGUUAAUCCCUGAGCUGAGUUCCUCAUGUGUCACCAAUAUGCCUAUCAAAACAUCUGCGGCCAAGCGCUGCUGUUCAAAGCGUCAAUAAACAGAUCAAGGCAAUUGAGUUACUCUUAAGUACUGACACCUUGUGCUCAAAUGACACCCUCAGUUACAAUAGUAACAGUGAUUGAAGUGGAUAUAUUCUGUAAUGUACAGUGCACACUUUCGACAUUUAUCGAUUAACAUGUCACAUGACUUAAUAAAAGAUGUUUAACGAAUGGUGGAUAUAAUGAACUAAGAUUAUUGAUCCUUUGAGUUUGUUAUAACCAUAGUUUUCUGUACCUAAUAUUCAGGUUCAAGCAUUUACAUAUACAAGACGACCAAUUGUUUUGGUUAGGAAGUUCAAAAAUUGCUGAUUGACUUGAGAAGAUUACCUGUGCAAAGAUUGUCUAUGAAGGUGGCUGAUGUGAACUAUUUAUCUCCAAAUACUGCAUAUUUAUGUUCAUUAUAUAAAUCAUUAGUAAUGGUGAUUUGUUAUGGAAAUGAUCAUGUGAUUAUUGAUCAGCACAUGCUGGUAGGUGAGUGGGGAGAGUGUUAGCACACCAUGCUCCAGUCUGGGGUUCAACAUGACACAUCGUGGUGUGAAGCUCCCCUCGGGCUCCCCUCAUCUACUUGGAUCUCUGUAGGCACCUUGUGCUGCUUCCUACGAGUUGAAUGAAAUUGUUGGCAGCGUAUGCCUGCUCCCUGUAGCUAGGAAAGCAUUACCAAACAAGCAAACAAGUACGUUUUGUUGAUUUAUGAGAACUUGUAUGAGAAAUUGUUUUGUUUGAGAAACUGUUUGUACCCCUCAUUUUGUUCACAUAUUGUCAUGUCAUUUGCUGAGAUUUCGUUGCAGGGGUCUUUUCUCAGUAAGCAGGUUACUGAUUGGUUAAAGAAUAUAUUAUUUGUCAACUCAAUUAAAGAAAGAAGGUUAGAUUUAAGUGUCAGCUGUAAUGAAUUAAUAUUUAUUUUGAAAACUUUGAUGGUUUACAAAUAAUGCAUGUUGUUAAACUUGACAAGUUCUGUUAUAUAUUCUGUUUACUUUAUUUUAUUCUGGGAAGGUGAUGCAUUUGUUGACAAUGAAUGUACAUUAAAACUUCAAACAGUU